GGCCAGGCACGUGCAUCUCUUCUUCUUGAUAUCAAACGUAAACAUGACCGACAGCAUAAUGGAUUAUAUUGCCGAAGCUGCUGCUAAGGAACUGCCGAGCUCUGAGGAAGAGGAUGACAUUGAGGACGAGGACACCUGUAGCGCUCAGGAAUUGGCUACUGAAUUUCGUACCCAACACACAAAGGACGAGGCGUCGUUGUCUUUGAAACGUGACUAUGUCCUGGGCUUAUGUGCGGACCCUGGAUUCACGCGCCUUGCAGCUGGGCUCUCAAAUACCGCUGUCAAGAUUUACGAUCUGAGUGCAACAGGCGCACUGACAGCAGUUCAGGAGGAGCGGGUGCCCGCCUUGACGAGCUCCGAUAAUGCAGUCACCAUCUGUGGUGUUCGUUUUCUGGAGGAGAAUUCAAACACAUUGCUGGUGGGGACCACGAAUGGUCUGGUGCGUCUAUUCGAUUUGCGCGCCGCGGGCGAACAAGCAAGAUUUGAGUACAAAGUAAAUCCUGAAGCGGAACCAGCUCUGCCGCCCGUGCCUGAGUGCAUCACAUGCUUCGAUCGCAAUGCCAACAGUCGCAUCAUCUGCUGCGGCACAGAGCAGCACAUGGGCAACGUGUAUUUGUUGUUUUAUGAUGUGCGCGAACGCAAACAGUUAGGUGUUUACUACGAAAGCCACGAGGACGAUGUGACGGCUGUGCGUUUCCAUGCCAGCAAUCCGGAUCUGCUAUGCACGGGCGGAACAGAUGGCCUGAUAAAUGUAUUUGAUAUCAAGCAGAGCGACGAGGAUGAGGCGCUGUGUAAUACCAUCAACACGGAGAGCAGUGUGCAUCGCCUCAACUGGCAUCAGAAUGUUUACGAGCAGGAUAUUAUUUCCUGCAUUACGCACACCAACGACUUCAAGAGCUAUGAGUGCAUGGAAGGCGAUGAGGUUAUCUCCUUUGAACGAUCCGACAUUGUUGCUGGUAUACGACGUAAAAAUGCCGGCAAUUUCAAUUUGAUCAAUGCCCACAAUCUGGAGGACGAUGGCGUCUUUUUGCUAGCUGGCACCAAUUUCAAUCGCGGCGAGGUUCUGCGUUCCGUUACGGCUCCUGCCAAGGAUACACUCAAGCCCCUUACCAACUUUGUGGGCAACAAGCAAAUUGUACGAGAGAGUCUGUACGAUGCGAAGCGUGAUCUACUUAUAACUGGCGGCGAAAGCGGCAUUAUCUCCAUCUGGACACCCGAUGCGGGCAGCAUGAUUAACAGCAGUAAAUUAAAGAGCAAAUCGAUAGCAGCUAAGAAACACAAGACUACUCCAUACUAAAGACAAGAAUUUAUAAUAAAAUUGUGCUUAUUUUUAAUUUACGUA